AUGAUGCGCUUCUCCUUCAAGUCCUCGGCGGUGGAAGACAACAUUGCCAAGCUGCCCAAAACGCAACGCGAGCGAGCAGAGAAAGCCUUGGAAUGUCUGCUGCGAGACGACUCGGGCUCCCACUACGGCCACUUCUGGCAGCUCCACCACAAAACCCUCGGACAAAGAGAAAGAGCAAUCCGACGAGGCGACAUCUGGCGAGGCACGCCCGCCAAACGGCUGCCGAGCAACUUCAUCGAGACCGUCGGCAUCGAAUGCGCGCUGUGGCCGCACCUAUACUGGUGCGUGGACAUGACGGAAACGUACGUCAGAUCUCAAGAUGCACGCAGGCUGCAACGACGUCGUCGAGAACAGCAAGAAGACGGCGAGGAAGACUUGGAUGCAGGCGAUCGACAGUCCUCGCGACAAAGCGCCAAGGCAAGCUUCUUAGCGAAAGCCCAUUCCGCACUGAUCGGAUACAACUCUGAACCGCUGCUGCUGCACUUCGUGUAUGACCUCUGGCUCUUCACCACCAUCGGGGGAGCCAAGAACAGCGCCGGCACCGGAGGCGUGCGCGAGGCCUUGGCCGCGAAGCCCUACUCGCCCGAGUUGUGGCGCACCUACCACACCGCUUUGGUGGACCUGCAGCGACAGAUCGCGUGGCCGAGCCUAUUCAUCGCCAUGGCUCCCUACGAGUGGUCCUUCCCGUAUCACCAGUGGCUACAGGACGAGCUGACCAAAUCUCUUC